UUGCAACUGUCACUUCAGUUGGACAAGACACACAAAAAGACGGUAACAAGCAAGCAAGCAAGCUACUAACUAGAAUAAGGAAUAAACACACCUGCAUCUUUCGACUUAUUAAGGUGUCUUUAUAAAAUUGUACUAUUUUAGGAAAUUAGACAAGAGAAAAGGGGUUUGACAGGCUAGAUAGCGCAGCUGUAGCGGCGAGCAGAUCAAGCUGCAUGUAUCAGAGGCGCGCUACCAGGCUAUGUACUCUCCAAAGCCAGUGGUCAAGAAAAAAACGAAGAUUGUAAAAAGGUAGACUUUUAGGGGUAUUCGUGUGGUGAUCCACGAACCUAUACGAAACCCCAUGCAGAGAAAUUACUAUUGCUACUAGAAUGAGAAUGUGAAGCUCGGGGAAGCACGUAGCUGCAUUUCCAAUGCUAUUCGAACAAGAUAUGUUUAGGAAGGGCACGACGACGUGCCAAAGGCGAGUCUGCAGUGACAGAUCUGGCUGCAAAUACCAACAGAAGGAAGGGCAGCCGGCGAGGAGAGGGGACAACAGCAAGCUUAGUUGGCCUAAGAACGGGAGGAGGCAGCAAGGCUAUCGGGGGAAGAGAGGAAGGGUGCACGGGCCUCUUCAUCACCAUCAUCCUCACCACCCCAGACAGUUCUACAGACAGAACCGACCAACACAGAGACCACCUCGUCUGAUGACGUCACUGCGUCCUGUCAACAUCAAAGGCAACAGAGCGCCAGGUAUGAGAGCUCCGAGGAACACCAACCAGUUCCUGAUGCAUGAAAAAUACCAGAUGAUGCAUAUGCGGUCGGACUCCGUCGGCACAGACAGUGGGUCUGACUGCGAAACGGAUUCCACGGACAUGGACUCGUAUCUAGGCGUGCUAGAGAACGCAAGGGGCGCCCUCCUCGACAGUCCAGAUCUCACAACAACGCCAGCACGGUUCUUCCCCCGAGAACUGGCCAAGUGCCAGCAGUUGCCCUUCUUCAGUUUAGAGGACUUGUACCAAGAGGAGCAGGAGAGUAACAGUAUGCAGUAUUUCCCGUCAGAAAACGAUGUGAUGCAGAGUGAAGACUUCAUGCAGAAAGACUUCAAUGAUUUCUGUGACACAUUCAGUGGGACCGAGCCACCCAUAGACUUGUAAAGCGACCUGGUAUGAAAUGUAAUGUACGUCUAUGUUUACAUUCAAUGGAUGUCAGGAGAGAAACUAUAGCUCAAUUCGACAGGUAUCGGUUAAUGUGACAAUACAUGAUUGUUUUCUCAUACUGUCUGUUUAUGGUGUUAUUGACAGUGCUGUGUUGGGGGGAGUGGUUAAGUGGGUAGGAGUGAGACCUACGAGCCAAUCACAUCCGAGCUCGUUGGAUUAUUCUAAACCAUUCUUUGAUACGUGUCAUUGCCAUUAUCGGAAACGCUUCGAACAAUAAAGAACUGGUUCUUACAAUUAA